AUGUCUUCCAACUCUGAUCAUGCCCAUCACCUGCACCAUGUUGGCAACUGGAUGCCGUCAAACCAUGCCGCCCAUAAGGAAUGGCUCGGUGGGAUCAUCGACCAUGUUGACAACAACAAACAGAAGUUGCACCCGGUGUUGGAAGAAUUCAAGACUUUAAUUGAAACAAACCCGCGGGUGUACAUGCUGAUCGAAGGAAUGUUCAAAGAAGUCCCCAACAAAGAGCCAUACCGAAAGGACCCCACCGGCCACCCUGAGAUCCGCGACUAUCACCACUUCCUGCAAGUGCUCAAUCAUAUUCUAACAACUGCGCCCUCGUGGACCGACAAGUCCCAUCGUGUGGGGCUGGUCGGGCUUCCCAUUGCCGCCAUCCUGGACUGGCCCAUGGGCACGCCCAGUGGCUUCGCUGCCUUCCAGGACCCAGAGAUCAAUGCCAUGUUGAAAAAAGUCCUGAAUGCCUGGGGUGAAUUCCUGCGAUCCCCAGCUUCAGCAAAGGUUCUGAACAGCUCCUCGAAUGGAUGGUUUGGCAAAACAGGCCACCGGGACCUGACUGCAGUCGCCAAGGUUGGGCCCACCAUAGCGGAGAAUCUCGAGUUCCAAGACAUGUUCCACUGUGACCCGGCGGCUCCAAACUUCGGCUUCCAGUCGUGGGAUCAUUUCUUUACUAGGACCUUCCGCGAGGGGAUGCGACCGGUCGCCCAGCCGGAAAAUAGCAAGGUUAUCGCCAACGCGUGCGAGUCGAAGCCUUACAGAACAGCCCACAAUAUUCAUGCCCGCGACAAGUUCUGGCUGAAGAGCCAGAACUACUCCCUUGUCGACAUGCUCAAUCAUGAUCCGUAUGCGAAGGAGUUCAUUGGAGGUACUAUCUACCAAGCUUUCCUGAGUGCAUUGAGCUACCACCGCUGGCACGCCCCCGUCUCGGGCAAAGUGGCUAAGGCCUUUGUUGUGGACGGCUCAUAUUACUCCGAGCCCCUCUUCGAAGGGAUCGGAUAUUCCGCUGCGCAGAACCAAGAUAUCGACAUUGGCAACCAAGUCACUUCUCAGGCGUAUAUCACGUCUACGCAGACUCGUGCGGUCAUCUUCUUCGAAGCGGAUGAGCCUGCCAUCGGCUUGAUGGCUUUCAUUGGCGUGGGAAUGGCUGAGGUGUCUACUUGCGAGAUUACGGUUAAGGAGGGCCAGCACGUAGAGAAGGGCGAUGAGAUUGGCAUGUUCCAUUUUGGAGGAUCGACCCAUUGCCUGCUCUUCCGGAAGGGCGUCAACGUGACUGGGUUCCCUAAGCCGGGCAUGGAGCAUAAUGUACCGGUGCGGAGUGAGCUAGCCGUUGUCUCAUAA